CUUUCAUUCACACACACUUUUCCCACCGGGAUGGAGCCACUUCAUCCACCGCGCAGAGCCAAAGCGGAACACACGCGUUUCCACGGCGCUACACACAUGGCUGCAACUGUAUGGCGAUUAUUUUACACAUUCACCUGGAUAAUAACGCUCGGCUCAAGCUCGAGGACGAGGAUCUAUCCAACAAACGAAGUGACCCUGUUGGAUACCAGGACCGCACCAGGAGAGCUGAAAUGGGCAGCCAGCCCUUCAGAGGGAGGGUGGGAAGAAGUGAGUAUUAUGGACGAGAAGAACAUCCCCAUCAGAACAUACCAGGUGUGUAACGUCCUGGAACCCAAUCAAAACAACUGGCUCAGGACAGACUGGAUCCCUCGGUCCGGUGCACAGCGGGUUUAUGUCGAAGUCAAGUUCACACUCAGAGACUGUAACAGCCUACCAGGUGUCACCGGCACGUGCAAGGAGACAUUCAAUCUGUACUACCACGAGUCAAACGAAGACAGGGACAGCUACAUCAAAGAGAGCAACUUCAUUAAGGUGGACACUGUGGCGGCAGAUGAGAGCUUCACCCAGGUGGAUGUUGGAGACCGCAUCAUGAAACUGAACACAGAGGUGCGAGAUGUAAAGGUCAUGACUCGGAAGGGCUUCUACUUGGCCUUUCAGGAUGUUGGUGCCUGCAUCGCUUUAGUUUCUGUCAGGGUUUUCUACAAAACUUGCCCUCUCACCAUUCGUAACCUGGCAACUUUUCCCGACACUGUUACCGGGGCGGAUACAUCCUCUUUAGUGGAAGUCAGAGGGUCGUGUGUCAACCAGUCAGAAGAACGAGAGGAGCCUAAGAUGUACUGCGGUGCUGAUGGAGAGUGGUUAGUUCCUAUCGGUGGAUGCCUCUGCAACCCAGGAUAUGAAGAGAAGGGGGGCGCGUGUAAAGCGUGCUCAGCUGGCUUCUACAAGGCCAAAUCGUCAGACCCAGGAUGUUUUAAGUGUCCUCCACACAGCCACUCGCUCAGAGACGGGGCAACUGUCUGUGACUGCCACUCUGGAUUUUACCGCUCUGACGGCGACCUUCCCUCCAUGGCCUGUACCCAGCCGCCCUCAGCCCCACAGCAGCUCAUCUCAGUUGUGAAUGAAACCUCGGUGGUCUUGGAGUGGGCCCCCCCUCGGCGGCUGGGAGGACGUAGUGACACCAGCUACAGCCUGGAGUGUCUCAUCUGUCAAACAGGGAGCCACAGUCAGACUGCUGGUAAAGCUCCCCCCAGGAACCGCAGCGUCACUCAGCCCGAAGUUCAGCACAAUGCCUUGGGGAUGCAGUCGGACCAAGGGAUUGUGGGAUCGGAACUUCAGCCAGGGAGAGGAGUCUUCCAGAGCAGACCGGUACCUGCAGAUUACCCGAGACCCAGCUCUCAGCUCUGCCUUCCAUGUGGCUCUGACGUGCUCUUCUCUCCCGGCCAGACCGGCCUGAAGAACACCAGGGUGGUGGUGAGCGAGCUGAGGGCCCACACGCACUACACCUUCAUCGUCCAUGCACGUAACGGGGUCUCCCAAGCCAGCGGUGCAGGGGCAGCCCAAAGUGUGUCUGUCACUGUAACCACCAACCAAGCGGCUCCCUCUCCAGUGUCGUCCAUCCAAGCCACUGAUGUCACCAGACACAGUUUGUCGUUGUCGUGGCAACAGCCAAAUCAACCUAAUGGGGUCAUCCUGGAAUACGAGGUCAAGUUCUAUGAAAAGGAUCAGAGGGAGAGGUCGUACCGCAUAAUGAGGACCUUCUCUCGCAAAGUCGAUGUCACGGGUCUCAACCCACUCACUGUGUACGUGUUUCAUGUGCGCGCUCGCACAGCUGCCGGAUACGGAGAGUUCAGUGCCCCGUUUGAAUUCUCCACCAAUUCAGAUCCCUUCCCUCUGAUUGGAGAAGGCAUGAACUCUGCCUUCCUGCUGCUGUCUGUCAGUGGGGUUGGAGUUUUGCUGCUGAUAUCGGCAGCUGUCUUCAUCAUUAGCCGCAGGAGGAGCAAAUACAGUAAAACGAAGCACGACUCUGAGGAGGAGAAACAUCUUAACCCAGGGGUCAAAAUCUACGUGGAUCCGUUCACAUAUGAAGAUCCCGAUCAGGCGAUCCACGAGUUUGCCAAGGAAAUUGACGUGAGCAGUAUUCACAUCGAGAGAGUUAUUGGCAUGGGAGAGUUCGGCGAGGUGUGCAGCGGACGGCUGCGCGCGCAGGGAAAGAGGGAGGUCUACGUGGCCAUCAAGAGUCUGAAGACGGGAUACUCUGACAAGCAGAGGAGGGAAUUCCUGUCCGAGGCCUCCAUCAUGGGACAGUUUGACCAUCCCAACAUCAUCAGGCUGGAGGGCGUGGUCACGAGAUGCAAACCGCUGAUGAUUAUCACAGAAUACAUGGAAAAUGGAUCAUUGGAUGCUUUUCUUCGUAAACAUGACGGCCAGUUCACGGUGAUCCAGCUGGUCGGCAUGCUGCGCGGCAUCGCCUCGGGCAUGAAGUACCUGUCAGACAUGAGCUACGUUCACAGAGACCUGGCCGCUCGCAACAUCCUGGUCAACAGCAACCUGGUGUGUAAGGUGUCCGACUUUGGCCUGAGUCGGGUUCUGGAGGACGACCCAGAGGCCGCCUACACGACGAGGGAGGGCACGGGCACUUACCUUUCCCCUGGAGGGAAGAUCCCCAUCAGAUGGACGGCCCCCGAGGCUAUAGCCUACAGAAAGUUCACCACAGCCAGUGAUGUGUGGAGUUAUGGUAUCGUGAUGUGGGAGGUCGUUUCAUAUGGAGAGAGACCCUACUGGGACAUGAACAACCAGGAUGUGAUUAAAGCGAUAGAGGAGGGCUACCGCCUGCCUGCGCCCAUGGACUGUCCUGUGGUUUUGCACCAGCUCAUGCUGGACUGUUGGGAGAGAGAGCGAGCAGAAAGACCCACCUUCAGCCAGAUACUCAACAUGCUGGAUAAGCUCAUCCGUAACCCAGGGACUCUGCGCCGGACAGGAGGAGACAGACCUACACCCACAAUAUUGGAGCCGGGGCUGGGUUCAGAGGUGUGCGUGUCAGUCGUACCGGAGGUGUGUGCGCCCGAGUGGUCGGUGUGUGAGUGGCUGCAGUCCGUCGGUUUGGAGAAGUACACAGACACGCUGGCAGCAGCAGGAUACACCAGCCUCGACAGCCUUCUGACUCUCACACACCAGGAGAUGGACAGACUGGGAAUCAUCACACCGUCACACCAGGACAUACUCAUUGCCAGUGUGCAACAAGAAAUGCUGUCUCAAAUUCAGCACAUGCAACACUCAAUGGUUCCGGUCUGAUACAAACCUGUUUUUCGUGAAGAAUUUCAUUUACCUCAUUCAUGCACUUUAGAGGGACUUUUUUCAUCCGAGGAAACACGAGGAGAGGAUUCAUGUAAAAAUACAAACGAAGACGAAGAUGGAGAGAGAGAGAGAGAGAAAAAAGCAGCACUUUUGUGAACUUCCGUCCUGUGGAGUUUUCUUAGACUGAUAAUAAAAACAUGAUCUGGACGUGGCCACAGAGAGUACUGAGCUACUGAGAGCUCAGACUGAAGCCUCGUCCUCUUAUUCGACUCUGUUUUUCAUUAUUUUAUCAUCUGUUUUGUGAAGGCAGAUUUGUAAUGGUGUGCAAAAGCAGAAUGGCUUCUUUUUAAUUUUGCUGCUUUGGGCUUGACUUGAAUAAAAUAUGUUUCAUAUU